AUGGACAUCCUCAAAUCACUCCGUCCGCUGGUUCUAUCUCUCAACCCCAGCUCAGCAAACACCCUCGUCAGGCUUCGGGAACGCCGAGCCGAGCUCUCCAUCCAAGUAACGGACCUUAUCAACACCCUGGGCCCCGAGAUGUUCCCUGACUUCGACUCCUCGCGUGUGGUCUCCAACCCCUUCAAGGACACCAUUUUCCGCGAGAACCUGCCGUAUUCUUCUCUGGAGUCUCUCGAAGAAAACGAAAUAGACGAACCACUGGGCGACUACGGCCGUCCGCGCAUCAUCCACCGCUCCCACACCGAAUCCUCCAUGCAGGACCAGCUGCCUCGCAACGAAUCUUUCCACGACCUCGCGAGCUUCGGCUUCUUCUCUACUCGCCCGUCCAGUCGCAGCCGAAGUCGCAGCAGCUCCAACGGCGGCCUGAUAGGCUCCUCUGGCUUCCCGCUCAAGGAGUUUAGCACGCUGGACUCGAAGGAGAGCUUCGAAGAGGUGAGCAAGCGGAUCCGGGGUGCCAUGCGGGAGCGAGGCCGUCAGCGCCGCCGCAAGAGCGAGGACUCGAACAUGUGGGAGUCCUCAGACUCUGAGUCCCAGACAGCAGAAAACCGCAAGGACGUCUAG